GUGUUGCAAUUCAUCUUUUGGCCUCUAGAUGACCAACAAGACAAGCUUUGGUGCAGUGCAGAACGACCAGGAGCAGGAAGUGCAGAUAGCUUUAAGCUAACGCUAGCUAUCAUAACAUUAUUAACCCCAAUUUGGGGUUUUAAUCAGUCAUUGAUUUGCUAGCUUGAUCAAGGCUGGUUUCACUGGCCAAACAUGCAGAAAUAUGAAAAGCUGGAAAAAAUCGGAGAGGGUACGUAUGGGACAGUUUUCAAGGCUAAAAACAGAGAAACCCACGAAAUUGUGGCUUUGAAAAGGGUCAGGUUGGACGACGACGACGAGGGGGUGCCAAGUUCUGCUCUGAGAGAAAUCUGCCUUCUGAAGGAACUAAAGCAUAAAAACAUUGUCAGACUACAUGAUGUAUUGCACAGUGACAAGAAGUUAACCUUGGUUUUUGAAUAUUGUGAUCAGGAUUUGAAGAAGUAUUUUGACAGCUGCAAUGGGGAUCUAGAUCCUGAAACUGUGAAGUCAUUCAUGUACCAGCUGCUGAAAGGCCUUGCUUUCUGUCACAGUCGAAACGUUCUUCAUAGAGAUCUGAAGCCACAGAAUCUCCUCAUAAACCGAAAUGGGGAGUUGAAGCUGGCUGACUUUGGGUUGGCUCGAGCCUUUGGUAUUCCCGUGAGGUGUUACUCAGCAGAGGUGGUGACAUUGUGGUACCGGCCUCCAGAUGUGCUAUUUGGUGCUAAACUUUAUUCUACCUCAAUCGACAUGUGGUCUGCUGGAUGCAUAUUUGCAGAGCUGGCUAAUGCUGGAAGGCCUUUAUUCCCCGGGAACGAUGUGGACGACCAGUUGAAAAGAAUCUUCAGAUUGUUGGGAACGCCAACUGAAGAACAGUGGCAGACAAUGACGAAACUUCCCGAUUACAAGCCAUAUCCCAUGUAUCCAGCCACCACCUCACUGGUGAAUGUGGUCCCCAAACUAAGUAGCACAGGACGGGAUCUACUCCAGAACCUGUUGAAAUGUAAUCCUGUCCAGAGGAUCUCUGCAGAAGAGGCCUUGCAGCACCCUUACUUUGCCGAUUUCUGCCCACCCUAAACGCUAAAUUGCCCCUCGCUGACGCACAGCCGCCAGAAUCAAUCGUAUGUCACCCUGUUGGGUCAUUAGGACCAGUCCCAACAAGGCAAAUCUGUCACCGGUUAUCAAACACUCCCCUGCUUUAAUUCUGCUGUGCCUCUGUGUGGAACAAAGUCCUAGUAGCUCUGCAAGGUUUUAGGUUCUUUUAAGUUGCAAGCCUGUUUAAUUUGGUACAUAUUUGCCUCCCAGUUAAUUAGCACUAACGUGGGAGGGUGCAUUAUGUGUUGCAUUGAAUAUAUUUUAAACCUGUGGAAAUGGUUGUUAACGAGAAGCCCCUCUGCUCCAAAAGUUUGAAAUUAACAUGUGCUGUUUAUUUUUGACUUUUAAAUAGCUGAUUAUGAAUGAAAAAAGGCCCUUUUGAAUCUGUGGUGAUCUCAUUUGGUGAAUUCAGUAGGAAUACCUAAAAUUCAAAGUGCUAGCGCACACUGCAUCAGUUACGCAAAUAGCCUUUCACAUUAUGGUUUCUGUUCCUAUUGUAAUGUGUUUUGCAAAGCAGUUUUGCCAAUUUGCUUCCAUUAAUAAAAGUCUUAACUUUGGUGCAGACUGUAGCCCGACCGAUACAGGAGUUUUGAUGCUAAUACCAAUGUUGAUAAUUGAGAGUUUAGAAACUGUGAUAAUGAUAUAUGGGCCGAUGAUAUAUUUUUUUUCCAUAAACAGAAAGCAAAAACAAACAUUUUUGAUGAGGAUCACUUCAAUUUGAUUAUUAAAGAAUUGUGAUUGAGAUGUGUGGACAGACUAUGUUCAUAGUGACACUAUUUCUAAAUGAUCUCAAACAUAUCUUUAUUUCUGUACUGCAGGUGGUUGUUAUUUAUUAGCCGCAAUAUAUGCCGGUACUGAUACAUCUGUGAUAAGUUAAUAUAUGCCAACAUAUUGACUCUAGUGGAGACCACAGAUUCCUGGGGCAGCUAAUGCUACAAAGUUGCCAUUUCAAAGCUAAAUUAAAUUGAUUGAUUUGUCAGUUUUAGAAUCACAAGCGAGUGAUUUAUUUAAACAUUGUAAAGGCUUGAGUCAUUGUUUCUUUCUUUUUUUGUAGGAUUGUAUGUUAUUUUUUUACACUUUAUUUUAAAAGUCUAUAAUUUCCAAAUAAUGUCCUAGGAAUAUAGAUCUACUGUAUGUAAUUUGGUACUAAUUAUUGGUACUAAUUUCUUUCUUUCUUUGAAAGAACUGCUCUUGAGUAAAUAUUCAUACAUUAUUCACUUAUUAAUGUAAACUUCAUUCUCCAUAUAUAUCAAAUUGUCUAAUUUUGUCUGUACACAAAUUUGAAAAUUUAACAUGUUCACCUGAGUAAAAGACUCAAGGUGACACUAGCUAUUAAUUAGAAAUGAUUAGUCUGAAAUGUACCAAUUGAACACUGUCUCUAUUUUCACUGUCAUUAGUACCAAAUUACAUACUUCUUUCCUAGAAACAAUUACAGACCCGUAAAAUACACUUAUUUGUUUUUGUUUACAUUUAGACCAGAACAAACUACAGACUUGGUAUAUCAGAUUUAUCACAAACCAACAGUAUGACUCUUUGUCCCACUUAACUAUUACAAGAUUGUAUAAUAGCAUGGGAAGCUAAUUUAUAAUUUUCUUUUUCUCAGGCUUUUUAUUUCCCCUUUUCUUUUGUGCACUUUGUAACAGACAGUUUUAUUAUAUAUAUAUAUAUAUAUAUAUAGUGUGUGUGUGUUAAUGACUAGUGGACCAUUAGUGACACAUAACGUUUCUUUGACAUCUUUAUUGUACUAAUGUCUUUAGCUUUUCUGAAAUGCUUUUGUAAUAGUUAAAUUAGAGAUGAAAACAAAUCCAGAUAAUCCACUGAUAAUCAGUAUUUUCAUAUGACUGUUUUGCACCAUUAGCUGUUUCAAUUUUGGUUACUUAUUUUAUUAACAUGGUCAACAGCUUACAGUGUUAUUUUACUCCAGAUUGUUACAGUGCUACUUAUCCCAUAAAAGCCUACAUAAUGAGUUGUGUUUGAAGUAGCUGUGUUAGUAGGGAAGGGAUUUAUUUUCAUUUUGCUGAUGUGAGACGAGAUAAUGGAUGCAUGUAUUUAUUAAUGAUGGAAUGUCUGCUCAUGUUUUUGCAUUUGGUUAAAUGUAGAACAUCUUAAUUUGGUACAGAAACUCUCCUUUUAGAAUCAUUUAGUGAUACUUAGAUCUAUUGCAUUUAGCAGGCUCUUUUUAGGAUUUAAAAUGUUUGAAGGUUGUGUGUGUGUGUGUGGAUUAAGUUAUAAUGAGAAAACAAAAGCAUUUGCUCUCAGUAUUCACUAUCCUGUGAUGGCAGGACAUUUCAGACAAACUGCUGUAGAGUUUCUUUAUGCAUCUUAAAAUGUAAUUUUGAAUAAGAGUGGAUUUUGCACUUUGCUAGUAUCUUUGCUUUUGUUUGUUGAACUUGGGACAGAUGUUGUCAGUGAUUCUUUUUGUGUAUAUUUCAGCCAAUAUGACUCAGUAUUCAGUAAAGUGGACAUAGACACA